AAAUAACAUUUGCUUAACAAUAGUUGUUUGCCUAACAGUUAAAUGGCUUGAAUUGAAUGAUAAAUUCAGUGAAAGUCGUGUGAAACCAAUUGAUUGCCAAAUGAAUUAAUGUUUCAAUUGAAGGUAUUUUUUGAAUUUAAAAGUCAUUUAAAAACAUUGAAUUUCAUUUGACUGCAAAUGUAUGCGUAGGGCUGGGCUUACCUAAGAGUGUAUUGUAUGUGUAUAACGAUUGCCGCAAUUAUUUUUUACUGUUGAGUAUAUACCUGAAGAGGAAUACCUGAGCUCAGCUAAAUGGAGACCAACUCAAUGGCCAAUUCAGAGCUGAUACUGGAGAAAGAAGUUCACUGUUCCCAUAAGGGUCGCGGAUGUCGUAAAAUUAUGGCACUCUCUGAACUAGAGGGUCAUAUGAAGUCGUGUUCAUACGGUUUAGUUCACUGUCCCCUCAAGUGUGGUCAGGCCAUCAUUAUAAAGAUAUUACCCGAACAUAUGGCCAAAAUGUGUCCGCGACGUAUAGUUCAGUGUAAAUACUGUGACGAAGACAUAUCGUUCAACGCCCGAGAAGAACACGAAAGUUGUUGUCCAGAAAAGCCGGUCAGUUGUCACUACUGUCACAAACAGACAAUACAACAGAAAGACUUGAAGUCACAUAUGGAGAACUGUCCGCUCAAACCAACCAAUUGUAAGCUCAAACAAUUGGGCUGUAAGUUCACGGGCUUAAAAUCGGAGGUCGACGAACACGAAUCCAACUGGUCUUCACAUAUGGAUAUUGUCAUUAAACAUAUAUUACAGAGCAAUACACCUAAUGGAGGACAGGCAAAGAAUCGAUUGGCAGAUGUGGUUCAGAUCGUCAAGAAUUUGAAUACAGAGAACUCAGAGCUCACCGAUCGGGCAAAUGAAUUGUCAGAAAGGGUGGAGGCUUUGGAAACUACCAAUAAGUCACUGACAGAACAGUUGACUAAAUUAGAGACCAUUCAGAAGGCGGACAUCGCAUCCAUGCGGACAGUGAUAGAACUGCUGAGAAAAGAGCUAGAAGAAUUUAAGACAAAUGUCGUCAAACAGAGGGAAGAGGACGAAGAAUCGGAAGUUUGAAAGAAACUAUUCAUUGAAAACAUCAUUGAAUUUCAUGAUAUCCUCGAUAUAUCCAUACAUUUCAACCGUUUAUUUUUAGAAAUAAUUAUUACUUCUUGUUUGGACUUUUAGACGUUAGACUCAGUAAUUCACAGGUUAUUAAACGUAUUGGUAAACGAAAAAUAACUUUCACUUCAAUUUGCAAAUCAUUUCAUAUCAUUUCUUCAAUUCAUUACAUAUACUCAGCAAAUAUUGAUAAAAUAAC